CGGCGCCGGGGUGUGUGAGGACGCGCCGCGGUCGCUGAGUGCCGGAGCAGGAGCAGUUGCUGUGGUACCUGCUGCUGCCGCCGCCGCGGACGCGGAGCAUCGGACGCGGGCGCUGCGCGCGGGGCUGGGAGGUGAAGCCAUGACGUCCGUCAGUGAAAAUAUUCUCUUUGGAAUGGGAAAUCCUCUUCUCGACAUCACUGCUGUAGUGGAUAAGGAUUUCCUUGAUAAGUAUUCUCUUAAAGCAAAUGACCAAAUCUUGGCUGAAGACAAGCACAAGGAACUGUUUAAUGAACUUGUAAAAAAAUUCAAAGUCGAAUAUCAUGCUGGUGGUUCUACUCAGAAUUCAAUGAAAGUGGCCCAGUGGAUGAUUCAGAAGCCACACAAAGCAGCAACAUUUUUUGGUUGCAUUGGGACAGAUAAAUUUGGGGAGAUCCUGAAGAGAAAAACUGCCGAAGCGCAUGUGGAUGCUCAUUACUACGAGCAGAAUGAGCAGCCAACAGGAACUUGUGCUGCAUGCAUCACUGGUGGCAACAGGUCCCUUGUAGCUAAUCUUGCUGCUGCCAAUUGUUAUAAAAAAGAAAAACAUCUUGAUAUGGAGAAAAAUUGGAUGUUAGUAGAAAAGGCAAGAGUUUAUUAUAUAGCAGGCUUUUUUCUUACCGUUUCACCAGAGUCGGUGUUAAAAGUGGCUCAGCAUGCUUCUGCGAACAACAGAAUUUUCACUUUGAACCUGUCUGCACCAUUUAUUAGUCAGUUCUACAAGGAACCAUUGAUGAAAAUUAUGCCUUAUGUUGACAUACUUUUUGGAAAUGAGACAGAAGCUGCCACUUUUGCUAGAGAGCAAGGCUUUGAGACUGAAGACAUUAAAGAGAUAGCCAAAAAGACCCAAGCUCUGCCAAAGGUGAACUCGAAGAGGCAGCGAGUCGUGAUUUUCACCCAAGGGAGUGAUGACACUAUAAUGGCUACAGAAAGUGAAGUCACCGCUUUUGCUGUCUUGGAUCAGGACCAGGAAGAAAUUAUUGAUACCAAUGGAGCCGGAGAUGCAUUUGUUGGAGGUUUCCUGUCUCAACUGGUGUAUGACAAGCCGCUGACCGAGUGCAUCCGCGCUGGCCACUAUGCAGCAAGCGUCAUAAUCAGGCGCACUGGCUGCACCUUCCCCGAGAAGCCCGACUUCCACUGAGGAGGCGCAGGAAGCCCAGGCCAGGGGCGCAGACACUGCCGACGCUUCCUGAGAAUCCCCAGCGUGACAGAAGGAAAUGAUCUGCCACCUUUUCCUACAUAAUAAUGGUCAAUCGUAACUUAGAAUGUGUAGUAAUGCUCAGUAGAAUCUUUAUUCUCUCAACAAACUCAAAAAUGAUUGUUUAUUUCCAUAGUGUGAUAGUGCCACUUAAAUGUCAAUUAAACAGGAAUAUAACAUUUCAAUAGAAAUUUUUAUUUCAUUUUCAAUUACUUUGUAAAUUCAUGUGUAUUUAGCAAAUUGAUCAGGUUUUUUUACCUUUCUGCUUUGAAUGCAGGUGCAAUUUAAUAUAAUAGAUAUUUUUAAAGGAAUUAACCCUAACACAUCAAUCUUUAGCUUUUUAUACAAGUAUAUUUAAUUUAGGGGUGUGUGUGUGUGUGUGUGUAUGUGUGUGUGUGUACACACAUUCAUACAUAUAUGUACCACAUAUACACACAAUAAAUAGCCAAAUAAGGUACAGAAAUAUUUACCUUGCCAAGUUAUGCCAAAUCAUCUCUUCAGUGUAUAAUCAAAUAUAUCAUAAACUUUGGAUAAUUAAAUAACUUGCCAAAUUAUAAAUUAUAUUAUAAUAUUCAAAUCAUAAUCUUAUAUUUACUUAUGGUACUCUGUAAUUUGAUACAAAUAAAAGCUUGUGAUAUGGGAA